AUGCAGGGCACGCACACGCUGCCAAUAUGCCGCUAUUUGCUAGCAAGAUUCUUUCCAAUAUUAGCCCGUCAAGCAAACUCAGUGGAAACCCGAGAUAAACAAGACGGCUGUCGAAUGCAUCGAAAACUUGGCUUUAUGUAUCCAUCCCCGUCCAAAUUCACAGUGAUCAACAAGUCUAGACGGCGAUCAAUAGCAGCGAGGAAGCGGGAAAGCGUAAGGGCGACAAAGAUAGAUAAGGUUCUCCCUCCCUCGAGCUUCUUUACU